AUGCUUCAAUUCGAAGGAGUCGAUUCAACUAUUCUCUGCGUUCAAUUGGAUCGUAAUAUCGAUGAUCUUGAAAAUUCCAUUCUAAUUAAUGUCGAAAAAUUGGUGUCCGUUUUCAUUCAUAACGCCGAACUCCAUUUUGUUAAUCGAGAUGGUGUGAUUUGUCGAAUCGAUGGUGAUCACUGCACCAGACUUCUCCGGUGCAGCCCACUUCUUCUUCCGGUGUUGUCAGCAACUGUCAUCGAGCAGCGCUUCAUGCUGAUCAGUCCCAAGUUUCUGGCAAGCUUCGCCAUCGAUUUUCCGCUCGACUAUGAGACGUAUGAGUUGAACGCGAUUUUGACGAAUGGAAAAAUCGCAAAAUUCGGCGAGAAUCGUUUGAUCGUAUUUGAGAGGAAAUCCCAAAUUUGCUGGAUAUGGGAUGCGGCUAAACCAAGCAGCCCAUCGCACCAACUAGUAUUUGAUGGUGAUGAGAACACCGUCGACCUUGUAUGUGACAAUGACAAUCUUUACACUCUAACAAACAACGGAAUUAUUUCGACAUGGGUUCUACAAGAGAAUGGAAGAAAAUACCGCGGAAAUUUGUUCAAUACUGGUUUACUGGAUUGUCUCCAAUUGCUGAUGGCCUUUCCGAAGAAAUUUGUUGUUCAAACCGUCAACGCGAUUCAUUUUUUGGUGUUUGCUCCCGAUGAGCAGGCGACAUCCGGCUGA